CUCAUCGACGCUGCACACCAGGACGCCCUCCGCGCAGCCAAGAAGCUCUUUGAAACUAUUCCCAAAAUGGGUGGUGAUGAAUUCUCCCAACCCUUCAUCCAGCGCCUCGAGAAGGAGAUCGCUCAACUCCUGACAGACUACAAGGAGUCGAACACUAACAAGAAUACCCUUGAG